UUCGGGUUCACGAGAAAUGGGUGCAAAUACGGAUGAGCCUGCAACAGCGGCUCAUGCAACCCUUCUCUGCCCGCAUUAAGGACUUUACUGAGAAGGAGACCAAUGUGACCAAAUCCACAAAGACCGUCAUUGAACUCAGACCCAUUGAGACUAACCAACACUUUAGAUUCCUGCAAGAAUGCAUGGAUUGGGUCAAUAGCCAAUUGAAGCAAAUCCGAGUAGCCGAAUACGGCAAUGAUGUCCAAACCGUCAAACUGGAGUUCGAACGUCAUCAAAAAGAGCACAAGGUGAUUGAUCAAUUCCAAGGAAACGUGGAGAAAUGCCGAGAGGCUGAGGUCCGUUUCCACGGCGAGGAGCUCAAGAUCUACGGUGAGAGGAUGACCAUCCUCCAGAAGGCCUACAAUGAGUUGUUGGUGCUCUCCAACAAGCGUGUGUCCGACCUUCACACCUUGAACGACUUCAUGCAAAGUUCGCACGCGGAGUUAACGUGGCUGAAUGACCGCGAGGACAAAGAGUUGACCCGGGAUUGGGCCGACCGUAACUUGAACGUGGAACAAAUGGAAAAGUAUUAUGAACAACUCAUGUCGGAUCUAGAGAGACGAGAGUCUCAAUUUACCACGGUGGUGGAUCGGGGAGAGUCUCUCGUGAUUGCUCACCACCCUGCUGCCAAGGUGAUCGAGGCUCAUCUCGCCACAAUGCAGGCCAAAUGGUCAUUUUUGCUUCAAUUAUCCUUGUGUUUGGAGAAGCAUUUGAGACAUGUGAGUGUCUCGCAACAAUUCUUCCAAGAGUGCCAAAAUGCCGAGGAGUGGAUGAAGGAACGUGAAGAUCACUUAAAUUCCCAUUUCUCGCAAUCCGAUUUCAAGUUGGAUGAAGGGGAGGCUCUUCUCAAGGAGAUGCAAGUCCUCCGUGAUGAACUCUCCGCCUAUGAGGAUGAACUCCAGAGACUGGUGGAAACUGCUCAAGAUAUUGUGCCUUUGCGGGCUCGCCGCGAGAGACUUCGACAGCCCAUUGAGGCCUUGGCCAUUUGCAAAUACCAAACCAAGGAGAUCUCCAUUCAAAAGGAUGAGAUCUGUACUGUUCAUGAUAAUUCCAACAUCCAUCGAUGGAAGGUGACCAACUCCCGUGGUCAACAGGGCGAGGUUCCCGGGAACGUGUUCGUGCUACGACCUCCAGAUCAAGAGGCCAUUGACCGUGCCGAGAAGUUGCGACGUCAUUACGACCGCGUGAUCACGUUGUGGCAAAAGAAGCAUCUCCGAAUGAGACAAAACAUGAUUUUUGCCACCAUCAAGGUGGUCAAGAGCUGGGACUUCCAGCAGUUCCUGUCCAUGGGCAAGGAACAACGAACUGCCAUUCGUCGUGCCUUAAACGAGGACUCUGAGAAGCUCAUUCAGGAAGGUGAGCCCAACGAUCCCCAACUCAAGCGACUUCAGCGCGAGAUCGACGAGGUCAAUCGACUUUUCGACGAAUGGGAACGCCGAGCUGCCAUGGAGGAUGAACGCCGUAAUGCGGCCAAGGCUUUCGCGGACCGUUGCAACAAUCUGGAAGUCUCUUUGGAGUCAUAUGAGAAGCAAAUUAUUAAGGUUUGCAAGGCCCCUCUGCCACGAGACGUGGAGUCCCUCCAGAACUUGGUGGUUCAUCACAAGCAAUUCGAGUCGGAUGUUCAAGGUCACGAGCCUGAGAUCAAUCAAGUCAAGAACUUGUUCAACAACAUCCCUCAAAAGACUCAAAAGGAACAACAACGACUUGACAAGGUCUUGGACCAAUGGGACCGUAUUUGGAGCUACUCUUCGUACUAUGUCGAGCGACUCAAGACCGUGGAAAUCACUCUGACCGGGGUCGAAGAGGUGACCACCGUUGUGACGGAUUUCGAAAUGAAACUGUCCUCUUACGAUAGCAUGCCUAGCGACAUGGAUAACUUGCGCAAGGCCCAUGACGAGCUUAUGACUCUUGAGGCCGAGAUUGAAAGCAAACAGGGUCUCAUCGACCAGCUCCAAGACGAUGUGAAACAAGUCCGUCCAGCCGUGGAGAAGACCCGUCCCAACACGACCAAAAAUCCGGAUGUAGAUCGUCUGGAGGAGGACGUAAAUCGUCUGACCAAGCGAUGGUCCAAUUGCUGUAUGCAGGUGGUUGAGCGCCUGCGGUCGUGUGAAGCCGCUUGCGAGCUGUUGGAGAAGUACAAUAUGUCCUAUCAAACCGAGACCAAUUGGAUGGACGAGUUGGAUUCCAAGUUGCGUAACCUUGAGGAAUUGGAGGCUGCUCGAGCCAAGGAGGCUUGGGAUAAGCAUGUGACCUUGUUCGACUUGGUUGAGGCUCGAACCGGAAAGAUCGAGCGACUCAACACCGUGGGCGGUAGAUUUAUCCGCGAAGCCCAGGUAGGGAAACAUUGUUUUUCCCCUGGUUUCCCCUUCCUUCCCCGUCCCUCCUCCCUCAUGAGUACAGAUUUGACAUGCCUAGUAAUGCAUGAGUCUUUUUAAAUGCUUUUUUUGUGGGCCAAACCAACCCGCUCCAACUCCUAUUCCUCACAUCUGCCAACAGUUGUUGUGGUAUUCGCACAAGGAACCCAGUCUAGCUAGCGUCUUGUACCCGACCCUUCAUCCAUCCAUCCAUCAAUCAUUAACAACAACCAACCCUUUCUCGUGGUGUUUUCUCUAAUUUCCCCUCCACUCACUCCAAUUCUUUCUACUUUUCCGCUUUCCAUAACUUCAUUUCUCCGAUUAACCUCAUACUUCACAGAUUUAUGACUUGAGAAUUAAGAACUACCGAGACUCUCUUGAGGAUGAUCAUCCCAGUCUUGAUGGGUCC